ACUUAGAACCAUAUAAUCAUACAAUUUUAACAUAAAUUCAACUUUUUGCAUUAGUUUUUAAAGUAAAAAAAAAGCUUUUUUUAAUUCAUUAUGUCUCAAGUAAAAUUCACUGAAGGAGAAAAAGUUUUAUGCUAUCAUGGACAGUUAAUAUACGAAGCAAAACUACUCAAAACUCAGGUGAAGGAUAAAGUAGUAAAAUAUUACAUACAUUACGCAGGAUGGAGUAAAAACUGGGAUGAAUGGGUUCCAGAAAAUCGAGUCUUAAAGUAUAAUGAAGCAAAUGUACAGUUGCAGAAAGAGAUUCAAAAAAAAGUAGAGACUUCUGCCAAAUCAACAAAAAAAGCAUCAAAAAAUGCAAAAAAAGCAGACUCAUCAAAAGACGAUGCAACAUCAAGAUCUUCGACUCCAUCAAAGGAUAUAUCAACGACUAUGCCAAUAACUAAAGAAUUAACAAAAUCGAGAGGAUCAAGUGUCAAACCAUCAACUUCAUCAACAAACGUGAGCAAGGAAAUUUCAAAAACAAACAGUAUCACAGAUGAUGAUUUGCAUAAAAGGAAACGUCAAAGACUAGAUACGAGUGCGUCAUCAAAUGAAAGUCCUGAAGAAAAGAUUUCAAAACCUGAAAUUACUAUUACAAUUCCAAAAGAUUUAAAGUCACGAUUAGUUGACGACUGGCAUGCAAUCAAUUCGCAGAGUAAAUUGAUUGAGUUGCCAGCAAAGAUUACUGUUGAUGAUAUUGUUGCCCAGUACAAAAAAUCCAAAUCCAGUAGCAAAGGUGGAAUAUCAUGUGAGGACAUUUCCAAUGGGAUUUUGGAAUACUUUAACGUAAUGCUGGGAUCACAACUGCUGUAUAAAGUUGAGAGGACUCAAUAUUCAGAUAUUUUGAAUAAGUAUCCAGAUAAACCAAUGUCUCAAAUCUAUGGGUCUUUCCAUCUCUUAAGGCUUUUCGUGAAACUUGGUCCUGUUUUAUCAUUCACUACUUUGGACAAAAAUAAUAUCCGAGUUUUAAUUGGACAUUUGGCAGAUUUUUUAAAAUUCUUGGAAUCAAAAGCAGAUGAAUACUUUCCUACGUCAAGCUUUAGCUACCCACAAACCUCAGAAUAUCUAAGACGUGCAGCCCAAUAAAUAAAGGAAAUUUAAUGUUAAUGGACCAUAAAAUAAUUUUAUAUGUUAUCAGUGUUUCUGAUUAUUUUCAACUAUUGAUUUGAUGUGCAUAAACAUUAAAAUACAUAAAUAUGUUUAAUUAAUUACAUAAUAAACUGUAUAAAUUC